AUGGGGUGGCAGACCGACCCUCCGGUGUCGUGGGACGUGGGCCGCCGCUGCUGGGCCACUGCGUUUGAGCACUCCGAGGCCGGGCAGUCGCGUGAUCUGGCGGCUGGGCACUACCACCUCGUAAUGGGGCUGCCCUUGCAGGGCGUCUUCGGGUCUGGCGGCCGCCUCGUGUUUGAGCUGCGCACGUCCAAGGGCCAGUGGCUGCGCAGCGGCGACACGUCAGCGUCCUUCCUCAUCAGCCUGGACGCCGCGGCGAGCGCCGCGGGGCUGCCGCCCGCGCCGGGCCCACCCGCGCCGCCGUCCGCCCCUGCCGGCCCAGUGGCGCCGGCUGCCCCGGCCGCCCCGCCGGCUGCCGCCGCGGUUGAGAAGCAACCGGCGCCUGCCGCUGCUCAGAGCCCAAAGCCGGCGGCGGCCACAGAGCGCCCCUCGGCCGAGGCCGCCGGCAAGGCUGCGGAGCGGGAGGCGGCGGCCGGCUUAGAGGGCGGCCCUGCGGCGUCAGCGUGGGAUGCCGCCGCCGAAGCAGCCGCCGCGGCGGCGGACGCGUCCUGGGACCUGCGCUCGCUGCUGCUGCCCGCCGACCUGGCAGAGGGGGACGCCGCCCUCCUGGGCGGCGUGGCGGGGGACGUGGUGGAUGAGAUAGCGGCGGCGGAGUCCAAGGCGGAGCGGUCCCUGAUGCACCGCUUCCAGAUCGCGGGGGACCUCGUGAGGAGCAGGGUGCUGGCGCCGGGCGCCGGGGACGCGGGCGCGGCGCGCGCGCUGGCGGCGGUGGCGGUGUGGCUGCGGCUCAGCAGCCUGCGGCUCCUGAGGUGGUGA